AUGGCCUCUGCUACGCCUGACAAAGAAGAAGGUGCUAAGAGCUCCCCAGAGGUGAAGGAAGAGGAGCAGCAGGAUAUAGUAAAUCAGUUGGCUAACCUGGCACUGAUCAGCUCUGCCUGUGACAUGGUUUCUACAGUUUAUGCCUCCACGAAGGAGAGCCACCCCUACAUCAGAACAGUGUGUGACACAGCAGAGAAAGGAGUGAAGAGCAUGACUGAAGCCACAGCCAGCUGUGUGCAGCCACUACUGGUUACCCUGGAGCCUCAAGUGGCUGCAGCAAACGACUGUGCCUCUAGGAGUUUGGAUAAACUAGGGGAGAAGCUUCCAAUUCUUCAAAAGCCAGUGGAUCAGGUUAUCUCUGAAACAAAAGAGCUGGUGUCAUCCACAGUGGCUGAUGCAAAGGAUGUUAUGAGCAGCAGAGUGGCAGAGGUGGUAGAUGCAACAAAGGAGGCCCUUCACAGUGGUGUGGGGGCUGCCAGAUCUGCAGUGACCAGCAGCGUGGGGAUGGUUAAGGACUUCAGAGUGGGCCAGAUGGCUGUAAGCAGAGCAGAAGCUGUGCUGGGGAGAACAGGAGAUGACUCUCUCCCCAUGGGAAAUGAAGAACUAGCCAAACUUGCAGCAUCUGGGGAGGGUGCAGAUAUAAUGUCUGUGGAGCUGCAGCAGCAGAAGAGGAGGUAUUUUGUGCGGUUGGGGUCUCUCUCUGAUGAACUUCUCCAGCUUGCCUACCUGCACUCAAAGGAUAAAGUUAAGCAGAUCUGGCAGGGCUUGCGGGAGGCCCUUGGACAGCUUCACAGCAUCAUUGAGCUGAUUGAGGUGUUCAAGCAAGGAUUUAAUCAAAAGCUUCAGGAGGAGUUGCAAGAACAACUAUGCCUGAUGUGGGUGGACUAUACUAGGAAGCUUCCUGAUGAGAGUGGAGAUAACAGCUUUGCAAAGUCAGAGAUGGAGUCUCUGGCCCUACUCCUGGCAAAUAGCAUCACACAGCGGCUGCAAAUCACCUGCUCUAAAGUUGUGUCUGCAAUCCAAGGCCUUCCCUCAAGCCUUCAGGAUAGAUUGAAACACUCUUUUAAUACCAUAGAGGAGCUUCAUGCUGUCUUCUUGGCAGCAAAUUCCCUCCAGGACUUGUCCAGCACUGUCUUGGGCCGUAGUCAAGAGAAACUGGCUGUAAUCUAUGAAUACAUGGAGGAGUUGCUGGACUACCUGUCGGACAACAAGCCUCUGUCCUGGCUGGUGGGACCAUUCUCCCCUAGGAAGGAGGAGGAAGCCUUGCAGGAGAAAGAAGUGAGC